AUGCUGUGCCGCCAAAGCAGUAGCCGCAGUCGUGCUUUCAAGGAGAGAAAGAGCCUGGCCAGUAGGAUGCGGGAAGCAGCUGAAAUCCGGGCGAAGUAUCCCACCAAGAUCCCGGUGGUGGUGGAGCGUUACCAGAAGGAGAAGCAGCUGCCUCUGUUGGAUAGGACCAAGUUUCUGGUUUCCCAGGACUCGUCCAUGUCUCAGUUUGUGAUCACCCUGCGAACUCGCAUGUCCCUGACAGCAACCCAGGCCUUCUACCUGCUAGUAAACAAGGGCCUGCCCAGCAUGAGCAUGACCGUGGGGGAGGUGUACCGCGACCACAAGGAUGAGGAUGGCUUUCUCUACGUCACCUACGCUUCCCAGGAGAUGUUCGGCUGCUGCUGCCUACAUGGCCCUGCGGUGACUCAGUCAUGA